GCAGUUCAUGCAUUCAACAUAUUUUAGCGCGAAACUGAAAUCAUGGUGGUUUGACUGGGGCGAGUUUUCUCAAAAUCACGUAAUGGUAAGGAUUAAAGAUAAAAUAAAAUUGUAAAGAAAAAUACUUAGAUACCGUAGCUACUCUACUUGCCUACUUGAAUUAAGAUUAAAUUGGAAAAUGGCAGAUAAUAAAAUUGAAGUUCCAAUACUGUACGGCGAAAAGGAAGAAUUAUAUACGCUUAAGGUAUCACCUGACGAAUACAACCGAAUAAUGAAUGGAGAUGAAAAUAUACUUAAAAAAUUAGUUGCUGAAGAAACAGAAAAAAGAAGUGCUAUUAUAAUUCAACAGUUUGCUAAUUCUAAUUAUAGUAAUGAAAAUUUAGAGAGUCUGGAAAUUGUUAAAGCAUUUGAAGGCGAUGAUACUGACAAUAAGGAAAAUCAAAAAGAAGUUGAUGAUGCAAAAGAAACAUUUACUUGGCCAGAGAAAGCUGUCAUGCUGUUUUUAGAAUUAUUUCGUGAAAGGGAAUAG